UUCAUUUCUUUUUUUCCAAGAAAGAGCCAGCCUUUCUUUUCCUCAUUUCUUUUCUCGAAGAAAGAGGGGAGGGAGGGAGAGAGAGAGAGAGAGGCGGAGAGACAUGGCGUCCUCCGCCGCCCUUCCGCCGAACCAAAACAACCACGCCGCUGGUGUGAGCGGCGGAGAGGGCUACGCCGCCAACUCCGGCGGCAGCACCGCGGGCCGUCAACCCCUGACUUUCUGGUGCCACGAGUGCGACAUGAGCGUGACGCUCCUUCCCUCCUCCUCAUCCUCCUCCUCCUCCUCCUCCCCUCCCCAUCUCCUCUGCCCCGAGUGCCGCGGCGAAUUCCUCGAGGAGAUGGAGCUCCCCGCCUCCCCCCCUCCCCGCCACGACCAAACCCUAACCCUAACCCUCUCCCUUUCCGACUCCGACUCUGACUCCGACGACCCUGACGACGUCGACGGCAUCGGCGACUCCCCCGACGGCGACGACCGACGCCGCCGCCGGCGCGCGUUAAACCAGGCCUACCUCCGCCGCCUCAUCCGCCAACUCACCGCCGGAGAAGGCCGCUCCCUCACCCUCCCCCUCCCCGUCCGUGGGCCAUCGCCGGCCCCCCAAGCCUCCAUCGACGCCCUCCCUUCCGUCCAGAUCUCCAACCCCUCCCUCCUCUGCGCCGUCUGCAAGGACGAGUUCCCCCUCCAUUCCAACGCCCGCCAGCUCCCUUGCUCCCACCUCUACCACUCUGACUGCAUCGUCCCCUGGCUCUCCCUCCACAACUCCUGCCCCGUCUGCCGCUUCCGCCUCCCCUCCGUCGACUCCUCCGCCGCCCCCGCCGCCGCGGACCACCGCCGACCCCGCAUGUCUGUCCGGUUCGGGAGCUUCUUUGAUGAUGAUGAUGAUGAUGAUGAUGGGGAUGAUGGCGGUGGAGUCCUGGCCAUCCGGACCGCGCUCCACCGCAUCAGGAGGAGGCACCGCCAGAUGCUGCGAGCGCGGCCGUCAGCGUCCGCGGUGGGUGAGGCAUCCCCCACUCAGAUGGCGCAGGCUGAGACGGGGUCGUCUGGGCCGGCUACCAGUGGGGAGACGGUGUCAUCGGAAUGGCCGGUGGAAGGGGGAGGAGGAUCGGCUGGUGGAAGGGUGGAUGAUGAGGGGGAUGCUGUGAUGUCAGAUAUUAGGGUGGAUUUGUUCGAUUGACUUGCGAGGGUACCAUUAGCUAAAUUCCAGGUAUGCGGCGUCUGUUACGCUCUGGAUUCGGAGCGUAACAUUACCUCCUUAGGACCUCAUAUUACCUGGACCAUAAUCAGGUAAUGUACUGACUACUUGACCCAGUAUCAACUUUUCUCCAACACGUGACACAGGUAUCAAGUGUCCAAGUGCCAUAGGAUUUGGACACAGGAAACUUAAAAAAAGAAAAUCAGAUAUCAGGGACAGGCCCAUGUUAAAUAGAUGUAUUUUAGAUAUGUACAAAUGUAUUUAUAUGAUGAAUAAUUUUUUUGUACCAAUUGCUUUGUAAUUCAACAGAGCUUGCAGAAGCUUCACUAAGUGUUAUGUUAUAGUUGAAUUAGGUAUGACGUCCACAGGUUAUAUCUAACUGUGAUGACAUCAUGGUUUGUUGAUUUACAAGUGUCAUAUGGUGUGUUAUGAAAUGUGCAAGUAUCUAAGUGUUUGGACACAUUUAAAAAAAAAAAAAAAAAACCAAAGUUGCAUUUUCCAGCUAACACUUAUCAGUGUCAUCUGGCUCUCUGUGCUCUCACUUGUUCAUUCUUUUUUUAUUUUUUUCCAAAGCUUUAUGCUUCCUUGUUUUCUUGCACAAAUGAUCAGUCUUCUGUUGCAGGCCCAAGAAGCCCACUAUUAUACGGUAUGUGCAUAACACCGAACAGGGGUACCGACUUGAGGCGCAAUACCAUUAUUAGGAUGCUUACAUAUCACAUGGUUUGCUAGAUCAUGCUGCCUGCACUAUCUGCCCAGCUUUUGUUGUUGCUAAUAUAGACGAAAGAAACUUUGAUAUAUCUGAGUAGCUGCUUUUAUUACGAUACUUGGACACAUCACUUGGUUGGGUAAAUCAUGAUACCGGCACUGUGUCCAAUUUACUGUUGCUAAAAUAGACAAAAAUAAUAUUGUACUUGAGGAGCUCCUUAAUAUUAUGCAUUUUUAUUCUGACACAUUUGUUAGUCCUACCAAUGGUUUGCAUAUGUUUAGACUGCUUCACUGAUUAUUGUUUUGCUAUGAUCUAUUAAAAGUUGAAACCGCCACUUGGAUGGAUUUUUACAGCUUUUCAACUCUUAUUUUGAUGAUUUAUAGUAGUCCUUUUACCAGCCUUUCAUCGGUGGUCCUAAGAAUUUGGUUCAAUAGUCAUUUUUGCAGCUCAUGUAUAGUAGCAGUUACCAGAGAGCCACCACCACCAGCCACCACCACCAGCCUCAAAAGACUUUUAAAUAUAUUUGGAUGAGUGCAGUCUGCAACUAUAACGUUCUGACUAGAUGUUGUAAUUUUGCAAUUUUAUGCACUGAUUUCCUUAGUGCACUUUCUGCAAUAAUGAUACCGCUGCCAUUUGUAUGUUGAUUAAACAUAUGUUUCCCAGGGAAUAAGUAUUUCUGUGACAAUUUGUUUCCCCCUUUAGUUGAUUGAUGUUCUGUAAUUGAACCAAUUUACCUAAUAGCUGCUUAUUUGUGAAUAUUGCUUGAUGAAA